AUGAAAAUUUCCCUAUCUCUUCUCGCCUGUGUUUCAGCAUCAUUCAAAGGUCCAGAAAUCACGAGGAGCGUUUCGGGCGAAUGGGUCGACAAAUACAUCGCUGCUGGUCGACAUCGUCGACAGUCCGAGAGAUCGGAUUUUUCAGCAAUUGCAGCGAUGAUCGCUUACUUGCAAGGGGAAGGAGCAGACAACGUCGAUCCAUCAACACAAAACAUGGAAGCAACACUUGCAGAUAUUGAGAAAAAAUACACAAACUAUGGCUGCUACUGCUGGAGAAACGGCGCUCAUAAAAUCACAGCCUUCUCGGCUGGUUCCGGAAAUGUCGACUGGAACGAUAGAGCUUGCACACGCUUAUACCAAUGCUACAACUGCAUUAAAAAUGACUACGGAAGCACUUACCAUGAAAUCUCCUACCAAGCCGUGUUCAAGACUGAUGCUGAAGGAAACAGAGUCAUCGAAUGCGCGGAUAAUGCAAAAAGUGACGGCGAGAAUGCUUGCCGAUGCGAUGCUGCCUUCGCUGAGGCAAUCAAGUUUAACCAGGAUCAAUGCGACAAUGGUUCUGAAGACAAAGGCGGCAAAGCGUACUGCAUCAAUGAAGAGUAUCGAACUGCCAACGGUGGUGGAGAUUACGUUUGCCCUCUUACUCUCAAAGACGACACCGGAAUGAAGCACGACGCCCUCCCGAGAGAUAAAUGCUGCGGAAUCUAUCCGAAUAGAAUCCCAUACAAUCCUGCAGGAACCGACUGUUGCGAAGAAAGAGAUGAAGCUGCAGACAACGUCUUCACUUACAAAAUCAAAAAGCAAGGAAUUUGCCAAGAAAACGGCGGAACUGUCGUUGUCAGUCAAGAGGGAAAUCCUCACAGCUACAUCCCAAAACUAUAA